AUGACUACUAAUUCGUAUCCCGAUAAACGUGAUUUUCAACCGCUGUGGGCUAAGCCCUUCCCCGAGUAUCACUCUAAGUACGAUCUAGAAGACUUAUACUAA